GCUUCCGGCGCUGGGGCGCUGCGCUGUCUGCGGGAUGGCGGCGCUCGGCCGGAAGGUGCGUGAGGGCCGCCGCGUGCGUGGGUCAGUCGCACUCCUGGCCCGGGUCGCGGGGCGGCGGGGUCCCGCGCGUGCAGGGCGCGCCGUGGGGCGGGGGGUCCCCGGGUGCUUUGGCGUCGGCCGGCCCCGCGCUGUGCUUGCCCAGGGCCUGGGCCCCGGGUGCGGGUGCUGCGGGUCGUGGGCUUGUGUCCGUGACGCCGGGGCCAGUCGAUGCCGCUCUGCCUCUGUCUUGCAGGUCCUGGCCUGGCGCCGCCUGCCGCCCCCCGCCUGGGCCUCCGCGGCCGAGCGCACGCCUCCCCCGGCCGCCGGGCUGCGGAGACGGACCGCAGCCUCCCGCGGGGGCGGCCGUGAGGAGCCGUGCGGCGUGGGGCCCGGGGGCAGGCCGAGCGCGGACGCAGCGCCCUCGCCGCUGGACAGGGUCGCCGGCUCCCUCCUGGACAUGGGUUUCGCGGAGGCCCAGGUUCGCGAACUGCUCGGCCUGCAGCCCGCGGCCAGCCCUCAGCAGCUGCUGGACGUGGUCUCGGAGUUCAUGCUCCUGGGCGUGGAUCCGGGGCCCGUGUGCGUGGCCCUGAGGAAAAGCCCCCAGCUCCUGAAGCUGCCUGUGCCGCGCGUGAGGAAGCGCUCCGCCUACCUGCGGAGGCUCGGGCUGGCCGAAGGGAAGCUGAAGCGGGUGCUUCACUGUUGCCCUGAAGUCUUCACCAUGCACCAGCAGCACGUGGAGGGCGUCGUCGGCGUCCUCAAGGGCAAGUGCCUCUUCUCGGCAGAGCAGGUCACCGAGAUUUUACACAGGUGCCCCCAAGUUCUUCGGGAAGACCCUGGUGACCUGGAGUACAAGUUCCAGGUAUUUUCCACGCUUUUUUUAAAGACCUCUCAUAGUUCGUAGACAAAUGGUGAGGGUAAAAUGGAAUCCUAAAGCAUGAUCCACAGUUGGGAAAAGUGGAAAAGGACAGAAAACAAACAGCAGCGUGGCAGCGGGGACCCGGCCAUCUCAGUCACGUGGCACCCACACGCUCUGCGUCUGUACCGGAGACAGACGCGGCCAGGCCCAGCCGUUUGCUCACAAACACCAGGGGGAGUGAAGCGCUCUCCUCGUCGGGGCCCUGGGAGGGGCGUCCAGCACCGGGACCUGGUAGUCGGCACCGCUGGACGCCGUGGACGCUAACGUGGCCGUCAGUGCGGAGAAGGCCUGGCUUCCUAGCCGCAUGUCCCUGGGGCGUCUGGAGGGUCCCGCGUGCCUGCUCAGGACCCCUCAGCAGCUCCCGUUUCACCUGGGGCCCCCAUCACCUGGGGCCCCCAUCACCCCCCCCCCCCCGCCUUGCUCACGGCUCCAGCCCUGCGGGCCCCAGACUGCUCCAGGGUUUUGGCAGUGGAUACGGACGGUCUGGAACGUUCUUCCCUCAGGUGUCCCCCCUCCACAUGGGCGCAGUGUCCCUGUCCCUGGCCCUGUCUGAUGCCCGCUGCUCCCCACAUCUGCUCUCCGCCGCACCUGGCCUGCUUUCCCCAGCAUGAGCGCCUGCUGCGCCCCUACACAGAGCUCUGGGUGCUGGCCUCGGCUGGGACCGUGACCCCGGUCACACGGGGCGCCAGAAACAUGCCGACGGACGCGCUAGCCCACUUCACACAUGGCGACGCUGAGGCCUGAGUGACGAGCCCAGGGCCACACGGUGGGAGAAUGGCAGAGCUCUGGAGACCCCGCCCGCAGCGGGCUGGGGCAGAGGUGCUGGAGGGGCCCUCCCAGCGACUGCUCCUGAGCUGGGCCACCGGGGUUGGGGCGGGGGAGGAGUGGGGACCAGGUCGUUAGAGCAAGGCCGUUUGUGCGUGCCCCGCCCCCACCCCCGCCCUCCCUUGGGUCAGGUGGGCAUGAGGCUCCGGGCGGGGACGACUUACACGU